AGGCUCAAAACAUAAACCCUAGACAACCCUCCCAUCUCUAUUUGUUUGCCACGUGUCAUGAGCCACAAACUCCAUGGAUUUCUCCUUAUUACCAAACCCCCCACCACUCCCUCCAUCUUCUUCUGCUCUGUUUCUCUCUCAAUUUUCUCUCUUCCAAACCAUAAUGAAACACAGCAAGCAUAACAAGCACUGCGUUUUGCUUCAUAAUUCCUCUAAAGAUGAAAUUGAAGUAGCAAAAAUUCUACUCGAUCUCGAAAAUCUAGUGAGAGGAAAUCAAUUUUGUUCGUUAAUUUGGGGUUUUAAGAAAAGAAGAUCUAAUCGAGGAAUAGAUUUUUCUUCUUCUCGUGUCGUCAACUCUUCAACUUCUCUUCAAGGAAGUUCGAAAAUAGAUGAACAUGAAAUUCAACCCAAAAUUAAAGCUGAAGUUACUAGCCCUGCUACUCCUCUUUCUUUUUCUCCAAGUGAAUCUGAUGAAAAAUCAAAACAUUCUUCUCGCAAAACCUAUAAACGAAAGACGAGGGAGGAAUUAAUGGAUACGAUAAAGCAGUUAUCUCAAUGCAGAGAAUUGCUAAGAGGGGAAGUGGAGAAUGUUCGGAAUUGCUACAACAAUCAAAAAGCUUAUAAUUUGAAGUUGAAAGCAAUGAAAGAACAGGUAACCAGAAUGGUGAAUUUCCAAGGGGCUAGUGUUAAUUUAGGUCAACUUUACAGUAAUCCUGGAAUGGAACCCAAUCGUCAACAGCCAUUCAUUAUGGAUCAGGUUGCUUUAAGAUCAGAAGCUUUCCAAAGAUUUCAGUACCCAUUGGGCCAGCUUCAACAGGCCCAACCUUUGUUCUCAAAUAGAUUGGGCCCAGGCCCAAUGGGUCUUCCAGAUCUGAAUGUUACGGCGGACGAGGCUUUCGCAUUGGACCCGUUCGAUAUCGAUAGAAUGAAUGUUGAAAGGAAGGCCCAAUAUGCUGAAGCUAGAAGGAGGAGGAUAAUUAAAAGAAUAGAAAUUAAGAAUUCAUCUGGUUUUAUUAGACCACCAAGAAGGAGAUAGUAGGUAAUUUUUUUUGUUGUUGUUAAAUUCCUUUUAACAUGUUUUAUUUGAUCCCUCCAUAGAAUGAUAUGAUUUUUUUUGUAAGCGAUAGAAAGGUCAAUCGAGCAAAGCUCUUUAUUGGUUUAGGCCAUGUCGCCAAGUGACAUUGUAUCGUACAUUAGUUAAAGGAGAUGGUGAACUAUAAUAAUGUGCGUAUACUUUUCAUAUCGUUUAAGCAAAAUAUUUCCUUGAUUUAGA